CCUCAUCGCAAUCAUUCUAAAAAAAACACUUAAAGCAUCAUCUCUCGAAUCAAACUAAAACCCUAGAAAUGGCGAUCUCUAAGGCUACCGUUGUUGCUCUCGUCGCGGUGAUUGUCUCCGUCGUCGCUACCGUCGCUUCGGCUCAGGUUGAGGCGCCUGCUCCGAGUCCUACUUCUGGAUCUGGUUCGUUCUCGCCGUCGAUCGUGUCAGCUGGUGUUGCGGCCGUAGCGGCUCUUGUUUUGGGAUCUGCUCUUAGGAUCUAACUCUGUGUGAUGGAGAUUCGUACAGAGAUAGGUUUUUGAAAAUUUUCCAUCGGAUAUAGAUAUCUCAGUCUCUUCUUUUACUUUAUUAACCUUCAUAUCAUUGUGAAGGAUAUAUUAUUGUGUGGCUUUGUAAUUUCUAGACGGUUUUUAGUUAUGCGAUAUUGUUUUUGAUUAUGAUUCUAUUUAUUUAUGGAUGUUGCUCAGAUUUAUCUUUCUUGUUCUCUGCUUAAUUAUUUAUUAUGCUUACGGUUACACAUCAGGUUUAUUAUUAUCCGACGCGUUCUAAAUCGAAUUAUUCCAGACCGAAAAUUAAUUGAAAUGCUGCUUGAUUGCUAAGCUAUUCAAUGCCUAAUCCUGGCUAAAAUGAAACGAGAAGGCAAAAAAAAUGACAAGGGAACAUGCAAAGGAGUCAAAAGGAAAAUGGAGUUUAGAGAUUUAUACAAAAGAAACCCGUUAAAGCGCAUAUGUUUUUUUUCAAACAACGGAUGAUUAAGUCACAACAGUAGUCCACAGGUUUUUAUUCUUUGUCAACAAAGGUUCUAUUUGGUUACACACACAGUCGCAUCAAAUUGGUAUAUGAGGAUUAUUCAUUCAUAAUCCAAAGAUGACAUCAGUUAAACAUUUUACUAGUAGAUAAAAUUUCUAUCAUAAUAUAAUUCAAGUGAAGAAAAAAACAAAAUCUAUCUGAUCACUCUUAUGUUAAUUACACAAAAAGGCAGGACACGAAAAAAAGAAAAAGAAAAAAAAGAAAGGGCUUAUUUGUUGUAAGUAUAAAACAUCAGGGGUUCAAAUGCAAAUUAUCAUAAAAGAAUAGUAGAACCCUGGAGGAGGAGGAAGAAGAAGCGAGGGUUUUGUUUGAAGCUCAAACUCCGCCAAUCACUGGGCAAAACUUAACAGACUUUGGAGGCAUUAGAUCGUGUCUUCUUGUCGGAGAAAAUGCAAUCGAUUUGUAGUAGCAGUACAAGGUUGCUUCAGAGGAACCGUUUCUCCAUCUCCAACACUCUUCUUCGUUUCACUUCGUCUUCUUCUCCAAGCUGGUCUGAAAAUGAAUCGAGGAAGCUAGCAGGGUCUGAUCCUCUCCCUUCCACCAGAGUUUUCGAUUCAUAUCUCAUCAGCUCGUUGACAAAGGCAGCUUCUUUCUCUUCCCCAGUACCUAAACAAAGCUUUACGUAUUCGUCGAGGUGCUUUUCCACCGUUGGAGACUCUGUUCCUCAAGGAUUCCCUGUUGUGUCAGCUCCUGAUGUGCCUCCGAGAAUCAAGUUCAAGCGGCUUGAUAAAACCGCCAAGCAUAUAAUGCAGAUUGUAGACAAGGAGGCGGUUGAGGAAGUGAGAAAUGGUAGAGAGAUACCAGAGAUAAGGCCCGGUUACAUUGUGCAGCUUAAAGUGGAAGUGCCUGAGAACAAGAGGCGUGUUUCAAUCGUAAAAGGCAUUGUCAUAGCGAGGCGUAAUGCUGGUCUUAACUCUACUUUUAGGAUUAGAAGGCUUGUUGCUGGAGUCGGUGUCGAAUCCAUGUUUCCCUUGUAUUCGCCAAACCUGAGGGAGAUUAAGGUGUUGGACAAGAAGAGAGUAAGAAGAGCCAAACUUUAUUACCUCAGAGACAAGAUGAACGCUCUUAAGAAGCAUUAGCACCUUAAUAAUCAAAUCAUAAAAGAAAGUUGUCUACUCUCUUCAAACAAAAGUCUUGAUGUUUUUUUAGUGACGAUUUGAUCUUAAGUCACAUAUUGGACUCUAUUGAACAAUCCAUAUUGUUCCCCACAAAGCAAAUGUUGUGCCAUUUUUGAAUCAACAUAAAAAUUAAAUCUC